AUGAUCGUCGCCAUCGCCAUCUAUACUACAUACCAAUAUACCAUGGUAUAUGUACUAUGUGAAUUCACUUCUAAAGUCCGGUUACAGCAGAUUAAUGUGUUUGUUUUUACUGUGUCUAGUAUGUACGUACUGUACAUGUGUGUUUCUACUUUGAAAGCCCUAGGUAUACCUACUAGGGAAGUACGCGAGUAUCAAGAUGUAGAUCCAGCAGACAAGGCCGCAAGCAAGGCGAUAAAUAAUCAAGCAAUGACUGUCAGCACUACUAAAUUAGUUAGACACCUACCUAAGAUGUACCUAAUAUCUACUAUCAUAGAAUCGCCGAGCUACUACUACUACUUACUUGCAGGAGGGGUUAUGGUUAUGACAUUAUCUACUACCUAUUCUGGUAUCAUGCAUAGGUAUAGAUUUUUGGCUUCAUUUAUUGGUAUUAGCCUGUCUACUGUUCAUGCAAUACACUCAUACAUGCAUAUAUUAGUUCAAUCUUCAGAGCUAGACUGUAAUUUCUCUCCAAGCCUGCCAAGAAGUUACCAUUCCAGUAGCAACCAGCCAGUCUCGACCGGUCCAGACUCGACAGCUCCAUGGAUAGUCCCGUAUGGUCCAGCUACAUACGGAGUACCUACUUUACGGAGUACUCCACACCUGCUAGAGAAUCAAUCCAUGGAUGAUUGA